GAAUAUCCCCCUCGCUCCUUUCUCUUAUGCUCUCGAUAUCCGCUACAAAAUCCCUCUAAACCCUUUUCUACCACUUUCGGAUAAUAAUAUAUCGUUUUUAUUUAAUUAUUCAACUAAAUUUUCCUCUAACAACUCUAUCUCAGAAGCUGAACGAGGCAGAACCAUCAACUCCGCUCACUCCCACUCGAUUGAAGCUGCCUCUCCACUGUAUUGUGAUGAUCUCGAAGCAUUUCUGAGCUUCAUCUUUGUGAAGGUAUUUACAAACCAUUGAGUACCAUUUUAUUGGAAUCCAAACAUCAGCAUGGCACAUAUACUCUCAACUUCUUGCUCAUUUAAAACCUCAACCAGUGCCACACCAUACUCGAAAACAUCCAAUCAAUAUUCUCUUGCACAUCCUACUGGCCUUACAUUUCGAACAUCCAUAUAUUCAUUGAAAAAGCUUGUUUCACAUGGCAAAAGACCUCUAAGACACCUUACAGUCUGUGCUACCACAUUAUCCAUGAGCCAAGAAUCCCAAACUGAACCUACUUCUGGCACUCAGGACAGCCAAAAUGAAUCAUCCAAGCCAAAGCGGGUCAUGGUUAUUGGUGGAGAUGGCUACUGUGGUUGGGCCACUGCCCUCCAUCUCUCCAACAAGAAUUAUGAGGUUGCCAUUGUUGACAGCCUUGUUCGUCGCCUCUUUGAUCACCAGCUUGGCCUUGACUCUCUGACCCCAAUCUCUUCCAUCCAUAAUCGUCUCCGCUGUUGGGAAUCUUUGACUGGGAAAAACAUCCAACUUUACAUAGGUGACAUCUGUGAUUUUGAAUUUCUAUCAGAAACCUUUAAAUCCUUUGAGCCAGACUCUGUUGUCCAUUUUGGCGAACAACGAUCAGCUCCAUACUCCAUGAUUGAUCGGUCCAGAGCUGUUUUCACACAGAAGAACAAUGUGAUUGGAACCCUCAAUGUUCUGUUUGCCAUAAAGGAAUUUAAUGAUGAUUGUCAUCUUGUGAAGCUUGGGACAAUGGGAGAAUAUGGAACUCCUAACAUUGACAUCGAAGAGGGAUAUAUAACGAUUACGCAUAAUGGACGAACUGAUACUUUGCCUUAUCCUAAACAAGCAAGCUCAUUCUACCACCUCAGUAAGGUGCAUGAUUCAAAUAAUAUAGCCUUUACAUGUAAGGCUUGGGGUAUCCGAGCCACUGAUCUGAACCAAGGAGUGGUGUAUGGAGUGAGGACUGAUGAGACCGAAAUGCAUGAAGAGCUCUGCAAUAGGUUUGAUUAUGAUGGUGUUUUUGGAACAGCACUGAAUAGGUUCUGUGUUCAGGCUGCUAUUGGUCACCCACUUACAGUAUAUGGAAAAGGAGGCCAGACCCGGGGAUACCUUGACAUAAGAGAUACAGUCCAGUGUGUUGAGCUUGCUAUUGCAAACCCGGCACAGCAUGGUGAGUUCCGGGUCUUCAACCAGUUCACCGAGCAAUUUUCUGUCAAUGAACUUGCUUCCCUUGUCACAAAAGCAGGAGAAAAGCUUGGUUUGGACGUGCAAACCAUAUCAGUGCCCAAUCCUCGUGUGGAGGCAGAGGAGCAUUACUAUAAUGCCAAGCACACUAAGCUUAUUGAGCUGGGCUUGAAACCACACCUCCUUUCUGAUUCUCUUCUCGACUCAUUGCUCAAUUUUUCCAUGAAGUUCAAGGAUCGUGUUGACAAGAAGCUGAUUAUGCCAGAUGUUUCCUGGAGAAAAAUUGGGGUCAAGCCUCGGACAGUUACAACCUAGACUAGUUAGAUAGAAGAGAGUUUUGGGGGUGUCAUUAUGUGAAUGUUACGUUGUUCUUGUUGUAUUUCUUAAUUAGAACUAAACUUAGGCUAGAAAAGAACAUCUUUCUGAAGCAACUAAGCUAAAAAGAUCUUUGUUUUUCACUAGAAAUGAUCUGAUCUACAGGAUCAUUUGGCUUGGCAGGUAAACUCACUUGAUUCGCCCAUCAAGUACUUUCAUGACUUACAUGGAUCAUAACAUGGAUUUCUAGUAAUAAAAGCUGGAAUACAGCUUGAUGAGUUGAUUCUACUUGUACUAA